GUACGAUGGCUUUCAACAAGGAUGAAAUGAAUGCGCCGAGCUGGAUGAAUCGCGACUUCUUCGAGAAGGUGUUGCGUCACGCGGAACGAAACACAAGUCUAGUGGUGCAGGAAUUUCGCAUCCUGCCUGGUACGAAACCGGGUGAUCACUUUGCGAGUGUGAUCUUUCGCGCGAUCGUACGGCAUAGUACGUCCGACGAGGAAGUGUCACUGAUCGUGAAGACACUUCCAGCGGAGGAUGGGCUGAAGAAAGAUAUCCUAAAGGAUGGGUACGUGUUCGAGACGGAAACGCUUAUGUACACGAGGAUCGUGCCGGCGAUGCAUCGGUUGCUGCAGUCUGUCGGUGACCAGACCGUGCUGGGUGCAAGACUUCUAUAUCACCAAAACGAACCUAUUUGGGUGAUGGUUUUCGAAGACAUCACUAAGUAUGGUUACGAAAUGAAGACAAAGCAGCUCGAUUUGGAAGAGUCGAAAGUCGUUUUCGCCAAGGUGGCCCGUUGGCAUGCCGCCUCUAUGUUCCUGAUCGACACGCAUCCGGAAAUGAAAAAGCUCAACAAAGGCGUCUACAAUCUGUUCGAGGAAAAUAACCAAUUUUUACAUAUGUGGCAAUGCAACAUCGCACAGCUAUCGAAGAUCGUAAAGGAAAUGCCCGGGCUCGAGCAGUACUCCGAAAGAAUUGCAAACGUGAAGGAAUCCAUAUUUAAGCGUGCCUCAGCGAUCUACACCUACGAUCCAACAUCGUACGUGCACGUGCUGAACCAUGGCGAUUGUCACUUUAAGAACAUGAUGUUUAAACGUACCAAUGAUGGAAAGUUGGACGAUAUUAUGCUGCUUGACUUCCAGCUCAGCGUUUGGGGUACGCCAGCAAUCGAUCUUAUCUACGCCAUGUACAAUUCGGUUUCAAUUGAGACCUGCGAGCAUCAUCGUGAUGAGUUGAUCAACUUCUACUACGAGGAGCUCAUCGCAUGCUUGAAGAAGUUCGGCUAUCUUGGCAAGCUUCCGACACUGUUGGAGAUACAUUUGGAAAUGUUAAAGUGUGGACAUUUGGAGUUCUUGCUCGCAGCUACCUUCGUGCCAUUCAUGUGCGUCGAGGUGAGUGAAAUCAUAGAGAUGCCCGAGAAUGGUGAAGGCUUCGAGAUGGAUUUCAGCGACAUCGACAAAAUGAUGGAGGGUUUCAAGCAAUGCUUCCUGACUCCCGUGUAUGUUGAUUUUAUUACGAAAAAUUUACCGAAGUUCGCAAACAAAGGUAUGCUCGAUGUGGAGUAA